AUGCAGGUGCCACAAGUGACAGAAGAAGCUGCUCUUGCUGUUACGAGUCCCUACCCCACUGUUCUCUUUCUUGCUAAGGCAUACGACAUGCUUGAUGGCGAUAGGCAUGCCCAGGAGGAGAUGCUGAAGAACAAGAGCAACAUGAAAAAGGAAAGCGCCGCCGCCGACCCGAUCCGGAUCCAGCCCCAACCCCACCACCUCACCUUCGCCAAGCCGUGUCCGCCCGCCGCCACCGCCUCCGCCUCGGCUAUAAAGCUCCGCCCUUUGGCCGGCCCGCUCCUCCUCUCUUCGUCCAGGCCACGCCCUCCGCGUGGUGGUCUCCGUGCCGGCCUCCCAUUCCAAAUCCAUCUGCCCUGCUCCCUCUCCGCCUGCGGGGCCGCGCCGCUCCCCGACGACGCGGGCGGGAGCCCGGGCCGGGGCUCGGCCAAGAAGCGGGGGACCGGCGGCGGGGGCACCAGCGUCGUGCGCCAGCUGCGCGCGCUCGUCGCCGCGCAGUGCAUCGAGGUGGAGGGCAGGCUCCUCCGGGUGGUGGCCAGGAGGGCGGUGGUGCUCGUCGACGUGCACCUGCCCGUCGCCGCCUGGUCCGGGCGGCAGUUCCGGCGGUCGCGCUCCUCCGCCGCCGCCGCUCUGUUCAAGAUCAUCUUCCUCGGAUCGACCCGCCCUUCCGAGGCAAUGUGUAGAGCCUCUCCUCCUCGCGCGUCUGCAGUGGAGAUCAUUGACUAAGGAGCCUGAUUGGGACGCCCUGGACCUGCUCAUCAACAAAAUUCGGGCUUCGGCUUCUCAGAUAUCCGGGACGAACCCUGCCGUAUAAUUUGGUGUUGUCAUUUGCGGACAUUUGGUCUUUCUCCUCCCCGGCCUGCGCGCUGUGUAUGGUAGUUGCCUGUAUCAUGCUUGCUUAGAUUUCUCUUAAACUCCUCUGUGUGGUUAUGAUUUCCUGUGAACCUGUGGUAUCCGUGACGCUGCCUGGUGGCUUUAUCUAUAAAGUCGGGC